UUGAUCUGCCUCUGAACUAAUUGAGUGAGGCGUGUUGAUAUGAAUAAUCCCUGUUGUCAUGUGAUCCGAAACAAUCCUUGUACUGGAUCCCAAAACAGUAGGGUAUAAGCACGAGGUCAAAGGAACUCCAACCGCUUUUGUCAAUGUUGAGUUGUUUUCAAAAUGUGUUUUUAGUUAUACAUGUGUUUGCUAAGUUACAAGGUAUAAUCUGCACUGAUAUUGUAUGUGAGGUUUUGAUUGAGAAAUGUAAGAAUGAACAUUUUUGGUUCAGAAGCUGAAUAGGAGCUUUUCAAACUCAUUUGCACGAUGGGUCAGCGACUCAGUGACGAGACGGACGAUAAGGAAAUCGAUGUUGCUGAACUGCAGGAGUGGUAUAAAAAGUUUGUGGUGGAAUGCCCGAGCGGAACCCUUUUCAAGCAUGAGUUCAAGAGCUUCUUUGGUGUAACCGACAACCAAGAAGCUGCAGACUACAUUGAGAAUAUGUUCCGUGCUUUCGAUAAAAAUGGGGACAACACUAUUGAUUUUCUGGAAUAUGUUGCAGCCUUGAACUUGGUAUUGCGAGGCAAGCUGGAGCACAAACUGAAAUGGACUUUUAAAAUGUAUGAUAAGGAUGGGAGUGGUUGCAUUGACAAGACAGAGCUAAAGGAGAUUGUGGAGUCAAUCUACCGAAUGAAGAAGGCCUGCCAUGGAGAGCUGGAUGAGGAGUGUAACCUACUUACCCCAGACCAGGUGGUGGACCGAAUAUUUGAGCUGGUGGACGAGAAUGGAGAUGGGGAGCUGUCACUGGAUGAGUUCAUUGAUGGCGCACGGCGUGACAAGUGGGUCAUGAAGAUGCUGCAGAUGGAUGUGAACCCAGGAGAGUGGAUCAAUGAGCAGCGGCGGCGGAGCACCAAUUUCUAAAGCAGUAAAUGCAGAGUCCAAAUCCCUCCUGAGCCAAGAUUUCACACAGUCUGUUCACGCUUUACGAUCUACCACAAACACUAUUAGUUUUGUGAAUAAAGACUAUGCAGCGAGGCAACAUUUCCCGAAGCAAAACUCGACCUUUCAAAUGGCACAGAGAUAUACAUAAGGGAAAUGCCAAAUGUUUGGUGGUUGUUGUUUUGUGUUUUUUUGCUCUGCAUUUCUGUUCAUCUGUAAUACUUCAAAUGUAACAUUAUGUAUAUUACAUUUGCAUGUAUUUUCUGUAAAAUUCUACUUGGCUUGGGUUGAGGAUGGCAAUUAAGGCAACAUAAAUGAGGCAUAUUUUAAUUUUAAAAUAGGUUUCAUUUUUAAAUAAAUUAAGUAUACAUUAUCAUUCCAUUGUAUGUUUUGGACCCCGCCUUGUGCCCAAUGUUCCCUGGGAUAGGCUCCAAGUUCCCCCGCGACCCUGAAAAGGAGUAAGCGGUUGAAGAUGGAUGGAAGGAUGGAUGGAUGUUUUGGACCAAAUCUUCCAAAUGGAUAUUAAAAUGUUUAGCGCUUAUAAAUAAGGUGUGGACGUACACAAAUAUGAGGCAAUCUUGAUGAAUGUUACAAAAAUAGAAAAGUUGGCCAAUUCUUUGCAUUAUUCAUACAAUCACAAAAUCUUUGCUUUUCACAAGAUGGCAGACAUGUGAAUUGUGUUCACACAAAGAAAUUUACUGUUCAAGAAAGAUUAAAUUGCAUUUGUUUUCUUA